AUGGGUUGGGGUGUGGUUGAAGAUCGGCUGGGCCGGUCCCCUCCCGGAACCGUUAAGCUCUCCGACUCGGAUCAGGAGCAAAACUUUGGAGGCCCUACCGCCAACCUCAAGAAGAAGGGAAACGUCGUCCUCCAGCCGCAGCCCAGCGACGACCCCAACGAUCCCCUCAACUGGCCUCAGGGCUUCAAGAUCGCCAACAUCUGCGUCAUUGCCUUUGGCAGCGCCGUCAGCAAUGCGCUCACCACCAUGGUCCAGCCGGGCAUCAAGCCCAUGGCGGAGAAGUUUGGAGUCACAGAGGGUUCCAUCUCCAGCUGGGUCAUCAACUCGCUCGCCUUCUGGACCUCGCUCGCCAGUUUCUUCGUCGUCGCUGGAUCCGACGUCUGGGGGAGGCGGCCUUUCUAUCUUGCUGGAAUCUUGAUCCUGACUGGUUGCAAUGUGAUGGCUUACUUUGCCACUUCAUUCCCGAUCCUCGUCGUGGCACGCACAUUGACCGGUUUCGCCGCGGCACCCGUCUUCUCUCUGGCCACCGCCUCGGUCUCUGACAUUUUCUUUGCCCACGAGCGUGGUAUUUUUCUUGCCGUCUGGGGGUUGGCUAUCAGCAGCGGUGGCACUGUCUCUCAAAUCAUCACAGGCUUCCUCAUCGACGCCAUGGGCGUAGAGUCGACCUUUCUCUUCGCCGCCAUCAUCCUCGGCGUCCUCUUCAUCCUUGCCUACUUCAUCCUCCUCGAGUCGGCCUACUUCAAGCCGCGCGUGACCUCGUCCUUCAGCCGCUCCGACAACCCGGUCGACGACGAAGAGGACCUCUUCCCGGCGGAGAAGAUAGGCGUCGAGGUGCCCGCCAAGCGCACCUACCGCCAGAACCUGGCCGUCUGGAACGGGCGCCUCAGCGACAUGAGCUUCUGGGCCGGGUCCAUCAAGCCGCUCGGCAUGAUGACGUCGCCCAUCGUGGCCUACAGCGCCCUGCUCUCGACGGUGCUGCUGAUCCUGCUGGCCGGAAUCCCGACGCUCGUCACCAUCCUGCUCGGCAGCGAGCCCUACUCGCUCCCGCCCAGCGCCAUCGGCCUGACCAACGUCCCGCUCAUCUUCGUCGGCCUGAUCGCCGGCCCCGCCAUGGGCUUCCUCAGCGACGCCGUGACGCGCAUGAUGGCCCGGUCCAACGGCACGAACCCGGGCGUCGCCGAGCCCGAGUUCCGCCUGGUGCUGCUCCUCAUCGCCAUCCCCAUCACCGUCUUCGGCGUCAUCGGCAUGGCCAUGUCCAUGGACGAGAAGGGCUCCCAGGCCUGGAUCAUGGUCUGGAACUCGGUCAUCCUGCUGGGCGCCCUCACCGGCACCCAGACCAGCGUCGUCUACGUCGUCGACGCCUACGCAAGGACCUCGGCCCAGGCCUUCGUCACCAUCAACGGCAUCGCCUCGCUCGUCUCCUUUAUCGGCAUCGAGCCCCUGAUCAACUGGUUCAUGUCCUCGGGCCCCCUCCUCGUCCUGUCCGUCAUCGCGAGCGCCCAGGUCAUCGUUGCCAUCUGCGCCCUGCCCAUGUACGUCUGGGGCAAGCGCAUACGCGCCUGGUACUCGCGCGCCUCGUGGGCCCAGAGGUUCCAAAACAUGUAG